CCGCUUAUAGCGUGGCCCUGCCGCUGAGAGCCAAUAGGAGGAGGGCUCUUUGCGGGGUUGGAGCGCGACACGGAACAUGGCGCCGCCGGCUCGGUACUGCGUGCCCGGCGAGCGGCUGUGCAGCACGGAGGAGGCCUCGGCGGGCAGCGGGACCUACGCGCGGCACGGCUCCAUCUUCGCCUCGCUGGCCGGCUGCCUGCAGAAAUGUGCCGAGGGCGGCGGGGUGAGCGCGGAGCGGGGCUCCGGAGGAUGCGGGGCAGGCGUGGGCGGCCCCGAGCUGAGCCCGUGUGUGUGCCUCGCAGCU